AUGGCACCGCAGCAAGUCUGGCUGAUCACUGGUGCUUCUUCCGGCUUUAGGCAGCUCAUGAUCACCCCCCAAAUCGAAGCUCUAGGAGGACAAUGGUUGCAGCUCGAUUUGGACUCUCCAAAAACGAAGCAAAACGGGGAGGCAGCUAUCAAAGGGCGCAUCGAUGUGGUAGUUAGCAAUGCUGGUUACUCGAUCCUGAAAAGUGUUGAGGACAUGAGUGAAGAGGAAAUACAUCACCAGUUUAACACGAACGUGUACGGACCUAUGCGCGUCAUUAAAGCCGCUCUUCCAUACCUGCAUUCGCAGAAGUCUGGUACUAUCAUCAACGUUAGUAGUAUCGCUGGCCUCACCGGUCGACCUUUGUCAGCGUUGUACGCGUCGAGCAAGUUUGCCCUGGGAGGUUUCUCGAAAGCGCUCCAGGCGGAAGUCGCUCCAUGCAACAUUCAUGUCCUACUCGUGGAGCCUGGCGGGUUCAGAACAAAAAACAUCCUAGGUGCCUUUGUUACCCUGGCAGCUGGUCUGACAAAAGAUUACGAAUGCACUGUCGUUGAAGGUAUGCUGAAAUAUCCCAAUGGUUCUAAUGGAAAGCAGCCCGGAGACUCUGUCAAGGCCGCUGCUCGCGUUAUCGAGGUUGUGAAUAAUGGGACUGGCAUAGGUGCUGACAAGGAGCAUCUUCUGCGUCUGCCGCUACUUAGGGCCAGAUUGCCUGCUGCGUGCAAGGGCCGAAGUCGGAGAAUUCAGCAAGAACUUGGAUGAAACGGAAGAGAUAAGAAGAGGUCGCCAGAAGCACGAUCUUUGACCAGUAGUGGGGCAUGCGCCAAUUGAUCUUGAGAUGAUUAGAAAUCGACAACGCAUCGGAUAGAAGAUGGAGAUAGGUAGGUCCUUCUAUCCCAUACGCUAGCAGACGGUGUAUACCUAGUUUUAAUCUUAGACUCGUUUUUCUUGUCUCGGAAAUGGUUCCAGAAAACUAAAUAAUCUAGGUUCUUCAUAUGGUAGAUAAAUAUAUCUCACCGUGAUAGAUCAUACUAUUCUUGCUUUAGCAAUUUCUCCAGUCAAUGUCGCGCUCUCCCAGAGCAACUUGUCUUUCGGAAGCGGCUCCUCAGCCAAAUAGUUGCUAUCGCUUACAGCC